CCUGUCUGCAAACACGUCACAAUCAUGAUUAGAAUUGAUGAUCGGACGUUCUGAUUUCAUUGUCUAGCAAAAGGGGACUGGUGGAGAAAUCUGCUGAAUUUGAACGUUCGCCUGAUUUUGACAUCAACAAUGCCUCAUGACCCGGCACUGUGUCAACCGGACAGGAUGAGUACAGUCAAAGUUGUGCCAAUCUAGAGACAUGGAGGUUUUGCUGUGAUCUGCAUGGCAGCCCCCUCUCCUCUAGUAGCAGAAUGGAUGCAUGGUCACAAAGACGCGGUCUGCAGACUAUGAACCUGCGGUCCGUGUUUACAGCCGAGCAGCAGAGGAUCCUGGAACGUUACUAUGACAAUGGGAUGACCAAUCAGAGCAAGGCUUGCUUUCAGCUAAUACUGCAGUGUGCUCAGGAGGCCAAGUUGGACUUCAGUGUAGUACGGACAUGGGUUGGCAACAAACGGCGAAAGCUCGCCUCCAAGGUAGAACAGAACGGAGGCAUGUCUCAUUCCUUAUCCAGUCAUGGACUCGCUGGGGGACUACUCUCAAAUCACACAUUAGCUGGGGGUGCUCUGUCCAAUCAUAGCCUGGCUGCCAGGGCGCUGCUUCCUGCUGAAAUGGCCGCAGCAAGGAGCACCAUCCAGAACCGUCUGCACCUUCUCCCUCCAUCCUCGACCUUCCCUUCUUUCUCUGCAGCAUCUUCCUCUCCUUCCUCUUCUUCGCCCCUAAGCAGCAGAAGCAACAACAACAACAACAAUAAUGACGUCAUACUGACAGGGAUCUACUCUCUCAACUCCAUCCCUCGCUCCAGACCAAGACCAACAGCCUCCUCAUCAGAUUCAGACUCUGAGCUUUCUGCACACACGUCCUCCUCUCUGAUCAAGCAGGCACUGCAGAGCAGGAGCAGCUCCACUAAUGCACCCCUACACUCCAAGCUGGUCUCACUGUCUCAAAAUCUCCCUUCCCUCACAUCUGCCUCAGGGCCUUUAGUCUACACUGCAGCCAGGAAGGGGACUUUAUCCCUUGGGGAGGCAGGUGUUGGUGUCGGAGCUGGGGUAGUACCUCACAGCUGGACUAGGCAGUACGGUACAGCGCAAACUCGCCCAUGGUCCUCUUCCUCACAGUCCCAGAUUAAGCCUCAGCCCAGACCUCACUCCAACCCCCAACCUCAGCUACCUGCCCCUCAGAGGCCCCGCGUCUCCCUCCCAGUACCGAACUCUAGCUCCACCUGUGAACCUUCACCCCGUAUCCAGCAGGUCUUCUCUUUGUCAGAAAGAGGGGAGGGGGGAAUACAUAAGCAAAGUCAGGUGUCUACUCCUAAAGGUCAGGAGCCUCAGAGGUCAGCAUCCAUUUCCCUGGACAACAGUCAUAACUUCUCUAUUGCCAUGGAAACUGGAGAUGAAGAAGAUGAGUGGCAAAGGGAAGAGGAGUUGGCAAAUAUGGCAGCUCAGACACACAUCCACAGGGAGCGGACGUCGACCAGUCCGACCAGGGCGGAGGUGUCAGUGGUGAGAGGAGGACACACCCCCCCUGUGACCGGCUCCAGGACGGCACUGCUUCACAACAACACAACUCUUCAGGGCAGCUACUCUCUCACAGCACAGACCUCACUUCCAGGGGAAUCCAGCUCACAGACUUCAGUCGGUGUGUCUGCUGCACCCUGGGUUAUCAGCAACUCCAGAAAGAGAACAUUGCAGGAUCGGACCCAGUUCAGUGAUGGAGACCUCAUCCAACUGAAGCGCUACUGGGACAGAGGCAUGACCAGCCUGGGCUCAGUCUGCAGGGAAAAGAUUACCGCUGCAGCCAACCAGCUCAAUGUAGACACUGAAAUAGUCAAGACAUGGAUCAGUAACAGACGAAGGAAGUACCGUCUGAUGGGUAUUGAAAUCCCACCACCCAAAGGUGGGCCUGCUGUAUUCACCUCAUCCCCGGGAAACGAAUCUCCAGGAGCACUCAGCCUUGACGAGGAGCGUCUCAGAACACCUGAACUUGGAGAUGACUUGAAUGAUGGUGGAUCUAUCUGCCUGUCUGAAGAUGGCACCAUUGACUCACAAUGGCGAGACGGAGAAGAUGGAACAGAUUUGUCCACUGCUGCUCCUCUAGCCAACAAUGUGAAGAUUGAAGUGAUCGAUGAGGACGAAGAAGAAGAGGAUCAUUAUGAUGGUGAAUUAGUGGCUUCAGACCUUGAUCAAAUGCAGAGCCUGCUGGAAUUCAAGCAUGAAGAAGUACAGUUCUUAGAAAUCGAGCUAGAGAACCAAAAACAAAGAUACGAGGAGCUUGCGAACUUCACCAAGAGCCUGCUCAGUGCUGUGAGAAAUAAUGACCUGGAGAGACAGAAGGAACUCAUGGCCAGUCUACCUCAGCCUUCAGACCAGGACUGGGACAUGGCUUUGGAGAGUGGAACUCAACCUGCUGCUGUGUCACCAGACGCCUCCGUUGACCAUGACGACUCCCCGGCAGCUGGUGCUAACGACACGGAGCAUACACCAUCUUAUGAAAAAGUCCCUUUGGUCACUAAAAAUGAGGAUCACACAGCUCGAGAAGUUACUGAGCCCUCUGCAUCAGAGGAGCAGCUACAGGAAGAGGUGCCGGAACAAAAGUGACUGUCUCCCGUAUAUUAACUCACAUAGACUCUACAGAUGCUUCUUUGUGAAGCUGCAGAAGACCAGCUUCACAAAGAAGCUGGUUUCACAAAAUAAAGACUUUAUGGUCUUGCAUUUACAGAAAAACUCUCUGUAACACUCAUGCUCUUUGCCCAGUGCCUGUGGAUUGAUGCUUCACUAUGACUGUUGGGCUGACAAAUGCCUUUUUUACUGCAUAUCAUUCGCCUUGUUCUGGACAAGUCCAGAGAGAACAAUAAAUGACCUCUAACUUA